AUGUCCCCAGAACCCUUCCCCGAUGACCCAUAUUCAACAUCGCACUUCGAACCUUCUAUUGAGGCUGGGUCGGAUAAGGAGAACAAAAAAAGGUCUCCCGAUGACGCAUCCGACAGAAGCUCAUUCGGACGACGGCCAAGGAGAAAGACACGCCCAGACCGUUAUUCGUCCAAGAAUAAAGCAACUAGGAAGUCUCCGGCGAAGAAUAAGAACGAAAGAUCGAGAAAGAAGUCUCGCUCAAAGAAGCAUCGUCUUCGAUCGAGCCAAGACGUCAUGACCAACUUCGCCUCCGGGGCCAUCCCAAAUACGAGAGUAACGAUGAAACCAAAUCUUACUACUGGACUUUUUCUGAAUGGCCGGUCAUCCGCCACUGCACCAGUUGCGGAUCUUACGUUUAACAGCACCAAAUUCUUGGAACUAAAACCAAGCCUGAGAGAGAAGCACAAAGUUGGUCAACUAAGUACGAAUGGAGAAACAGACCACGAUGAAGUUGAGACUUCCGACAACCUCGAUCACUCUUUGCAACAACACACAGACAUCUCAAAGACAGCGACAACUGACAAAGAUGCAAAUGGAAAGGAAGACAUUGACCGUUGUUUCCAAGAUGACUCCAGUUCGCUAAAUGGAUCUAACCCAGAACCAAGCCCCGAUACUCCAAGGAUGAUGCUAAAGAAACUCAUCAAGACUGGCAUCUUUGACGGAACGGGAAUUUUGAAGCUUGCAUCUGACAAAACAACUAGGCCGAAACCAGUCAAAGAUGGCGAGAGUAGCAUUCUUGAAAAAGUAAAGCCGGUCAGGAGUCAUGCAAGUCAAGAUAAUGUGUCGAUGGCAGAUCCUGGCAAGGACUUGACUCUUCCAUCAACUGCGCAGCCUCCCCAGGAUACCGCAAGCCUCUACCAGAAGCACCAUGGGAAUCGCCUGAACAUACCAGCUAAUGCAGUAUGCCUUGAGCGUCAAGGCGAGAAUAUUCCACUCUACACCAGUCGAACUGCGCAAGUGUGUUCUUCUGGUGUAGCGAAUCUAGACGGUAUGAAAGAAGGGCAUGAGCCUUCCAUGACUCAAAAUCCCAGUCCAGACCUUAGUUUGGCAUAUGAAUCUGCUACCAACGGUAGACGGCAGUCUGUACCUAAAACUUCGGAAGGGGGCCGCCAAUACGUCCAAUGCAUUGAUCAGGACGAUCAAAGGAGACCAAUGCUUACAAGUCCUGACAGUGAUCCUGCGGAUUUUGGAUACCUCGUACAUCCACAAUAUAUACAGAGCCAUGAGCCUCGCAGGAUGGGGCAGCCAAUAUACGGUGAUUGGCAACGUUGCGAUGUGAUCGAACCGCCACAACAGCCGUUGGUUGACGAGCAUUCUCUUCGGUUUACCCAUAGGCAUGUUGGCACACAGGGUCUCAACCCAAUGUCAUUCCCUAUGCCCGCAACAGAGAUGCAGCCUAUACAAGACGAGAGGGGAUACGGCAAUGCGCAGACCGACCCGCCACCCUUAAAUUGUGGCAAUGAAACAGUGCAAGAAUUCUUCGAAAGAAUCGAGGGUGAGGUAGGUUUGGAAUAG